GCUCACCCCCUGUCACGGCCCGGUGGGCUUCGAGCGCGGAGGGGCCCGGCCCGGCCCCGGCCCGCUAUGGCCGCCGGCGGGGACGGGGCGGCGAAGCCGCUGCAAACCGCCAUGAAGCUGGCGGCCGGGGCGAUCGAGCUGGACACCGGGAACCGGCCGCGGGAGGCCUACAUGGAGUACCUGAAGAGCAUCAGCUACAUUUCCCAGGCCCUGCUGGAGGAAGCAGCAGCAGCGAAAGGUGGGAGCGACGCCGUGCUGCCCGACACCCCAAAGAUGCUGAAGCUCGCCGAGCAGUGCUUGGAGCGAGCCAAGUCCAGUGCCGCAGUGCUCGGGAAGGUGAAGCCAGCGGCCCACGAGAGGGGCCCCAGCCCUGCUCCCAUCUCCAGGCACCGCAGGGUCUUCUCGGAUGAAGGGGGAAAGCUGUCUCCCUUCCUCCCCCCGGAGAUCUUCCAGAAGCUGCAGAUCACCAAAGCUCAGGGCACUAAGAAGGAGCUCACCCCUCUGGAGGAGGCUUCACUGCAGAACCAGAAGCUGAGAGCUGCUUACGAGGCCCGGAUGGCACGGCUGAACCCCAGCCAGGCUGUGCAGAAGACUUCCCUGACACUGUCCCUCCAGCGGCAGAUGAUGGAGAACCUGGUGAUUGCCAAAGCCCGGGAGGAGACGCUUCAGAGGAAGAUGGAGGAGCGCAGACUGCGGCUGCAGGAAGCUGCCAACAGGAGGUUCUCCAGCAGCAUCGCCCUCACCCCUGAGGAGCAGGAGCAGAGGGCGCUCUAUGCUGCCAUCCUGGAGUACGAGCAGGACCACGAGUGGCCGAAGCUCUGGAAAGCCAAGCUGAAGAAGAACCCGACAGAUCUGUCUCUGGUGUCCGGUCUCAUCUCCCACCUCCUCAGCUUCCCUGAGCACCCCAUUUCCCAGCUGUUGAAGAAGCUCCAGCAUGUGAUCUACAGCAGACUGUACCCCAUCGUGAGCCAGAACCUCGGUGACCUCAGCACUGCUUCCAGGACCUCCAGGGGCUUCUCCUCCCUCUCGCUGGAUGCUGAGGGACUGUUGACCCCAGUGCCUGGGGGCCGGAGACUGAGGUCCUCCCAGAGCUUGUACUGCAUGGCCUCCGUCCAGGAGAACAAGGUGAACUUGGGACACAGCCUGUCCACGCCGCCCCUGAGCGACGGCCUGGGGACAGAGAGCAGCCCACAGGAAGAGGCACCUGCCCACCUGGCCAACCGAGAGGGCUCCUUUGAGGACCUGGAACGGUUCCUGGCAGCGCCCGAGACCUGGCCCACUGGCCCCCCAGCGGAGCCCCAGGCCCCAGCUGAGAAGGAGGCCUCUCUGCAGGAGCAGCUGAAAGCCAUUGUGAAGGACAUUCACAACUCAGUGGACAGGCUGCUAUCCCUGACCCUGCUGGCUUUUGAGGGCCUGAACACCGCCUCCUCCAAGGACCAGUGCCUGGCGCGCAUUGAGGAAGCCUUCUUCUCGCCCCUCUGGGCUCCCCUGCUGGCUCUCUACAGGAGGGUCUACCAGGCCCGGGAGGUGGCCCUGUCCAGGAGCAUGGAGCGCCACAGGAACGUGCCCCCUUCGGAAAUAGGAGUCUCUGCUAACCUCUUCCCCCAGGCCAGCAAUGGCCACGCAGCAGGUUCCUACCCUUACAGCAUGGCGGUGCAGGAGCUGGGGCUGAUCCUUCUGGAGAGCUGCCCACAGAGGAAGCUGGAGUGCAUUGUGCGAGCCCUUCGUGUGAUCUGCGAGUGCGCCGAGGAGUACUGCGCUGCCCGGGAGAGCCGGCCCCAGCCCGCGUCUGCGGCCAUUGGUGCCGACGACCUCUUGCCCAUCCUGGCCUACGUGGUGCUGAAGAGUAGCCUCCCCCAGCUGGUGGCGGAAUGCGCAGCGCUGGAGGAGUUUAUCCACGAAGGGUACCUGAUCGGAGAGGAGGGUUACUGCCUGACCUCCCUGCAGAGCGCACUGUCCUAUGUGGAGUCCUUGCACGGAGAAGCCAUGGUGAAGUAAUGGGGCUUCACGUCUGCCUGCUGAGCAGAUGGGCCCCGCCCUGAUCACUCAAACCCCCCUCGGCUGGGAGAUGCAGCUAACGCACGUCUUCCGGAGACACUACCUGGGGCCCGACUUGAAGAGAGAGGCCCAGACGUUCCCACCUUCCUUACCCCUUUGUCCUGCCUGCUGUGAAGGGCAGGGCAUGUUUUGUGCAAUGUUUUGGGGUGGCAGUGACCCGGGGUUGCUGCUUGGGUUGCUCUGCGCCUGUCAUGCUAACUGUAACUACUGCGCGGCGAGGGGAGAACAGGCUGCUGGUGGGGUUCGACCAGUGACUGCUGCUGUUAGGGCCUGUCUUGAUGCUUUUUAGGAGCCUGUCUUUGCUGCUUUUGUGUGGGGCUUCCUGCAGCCUCCCCCUGGAGCACAGGCUCAGGGAGGGGGGGCUGCAGCAGGCGGUUACUGUCCUGCUGUCCUUCCCCCAACUGGGAGGGACGGCCUGGAGGGCUCUUGGCCCAGACAGCUGCCCUUGCUUUAUCUAGGGAGGACUUUGAGCUGAGCACAGGGUCUCCUUGGGGGCCACCAGGCCUGGCCAGGGCGAGUGUUGGCUGUUGGUGAGGGAAGCCUGAAACAGGCCCCAGCUUUGUGACUCCUUGUCUCGAAUGUUGCCUAUGUGGCCACUGCAGGGUCCCUGGGCGCUGCAGCUUCCGGCAUGGACGGUUUUAUCUUCUAAGGGACAUUGACCGUGUGCUACCAGGAGCUGCUGUUGGGUGUCAGCACCAUGCUCCCUGCGGCUGUAGCGCCUACUCGCCCACCCCACGGGCUGCGCCAGCAUUUGAACUGUGUAUUUAAAGCGUGUGAGAGAGAGAGCGGCUGUGAUACCGUGUCUCAGCAUCCACCUCAUUUCAGCUGCUGCCCAAGGAACCCUGUAGGCUGCCUCUGGGGCCUGUUCUGGGCGGGUGCUGGAGUCUGAUUCUGCCAGCUAAUGCCGCGCUAGCGUCUGUGCACAGCGCUUGGCGGUGGAGCCAGAGGCUAGUGUGUGUCUGGGGUGGGGGGCAGCAUGUUCCAGUCCCAGAGGAGAGUUGGGCAGAACCUGUGUGUUUGUUCUCCGUGACUCUGCACGGAUGCUCAAUUCUGACCAGACAGCGGCUGGUGGGGCAGGGAUGUGGCACCGCUACCCCCCAGGCUGGGGAGUGCUGUGCCCAUGGGAGCUAGGGCUGCAGGGCAGCGAUUUCCACUGCCUCAGCUACUGGGCUCAUUUCAGCUGGAGCUUUAAAUGCUACUGACCACGGGGCAAAAUCCCUGGCGGUGAAAGACUACUGGAUCUGCUGAAGUUACUUGAAAUCCUCUCUGGAGAGGGUGUCCGAGCCGACCGCGGUGGCUGUCAAUGGGUGU